AUGUCAAAAUUUUGCGAGACGUGUUACGAAAUGGGUCACAUGUGGUGGGAGGGGUGUCCCGGUCUGUGCUUCUGGUGUGAUGAGGCUUUUGGUCACUGGACGGAGAAGUGUAGGACAGGCGACGAUACCAAGGCGCAAUUCGAGAAGGCUAUGGCCAUGACAAAGAAGCUUGCUGCAGUUCGCGGCUACGGCAAGAGACUCGCUCGGGCGGUGGCAAAGGCAGAACAAGAGGUGGAGGAGGAGAAAAAAAUGAGGAAAGAGCAAGGUCAGCAGACGUUCCUUGUGAAUGGAGAGGAUCCAUUCCCUGGCGUCCACGGUAAGGAACGCAGAAAGAUGAUCAAAGACCUGAAGUGGCAACAGAAGCGCGCUGCUCUCGCUGGCAAAGCUGCCAGCGAGCGAAAGGAUACGGACAUGAACGGUGCCAACAAUUGA